GGCGUACAACACCGAUCCUCCCUCCUCCUCCUCCUCCUCCUCCUCAAAGCCUAACGACUACGUCCUCCCCAGUUCUCAUCUUCUCUCCCAGCCAGUCGCUGUGUCGCCGACGCAGCGUCAUGUUCUCCGACGAGCUCAAGGCCCUGCGUAGGCUCGGCUUCCGCCAUGUCCUGCUCCAAGUGCUCAACUUCGUCCAAGUUCUCGCGUCGGGUUUCAUGAUGUGGAAGGGCCUUGGGCUCAUCACGAACACGGAGUCGCCUAUAGUUGUAGUUCUGAGUGGGUCAAUGGAACCCGCCUUCUACCGCGGCGACUUGCUCUUCUUGACAAAUCCGGCGGAUCAGCGCUAUGCAACGGGCGAUAUCACAGUGUACAAGAUCCCUGGCGCGGACAUCCCCAUCGUACAUCGAGUGCUGGAGACGCACGACGUAGUUGCGAAGCCUGAUGAUUAUGUCGCCGCGAGUCCACUUGCCCAACCUCAGCUGCUACUGACGAAGGGGGACAAUAACCCAGUCGAUGAUCUUGACCUGUACCAGGGCUUGGAGUGGCUAGAACGACGACAUAUCAUCGGGAAGGUACAGGCCUUCCUUCCAUAUGUCGGAUAUGUGACUAUUGCCAUGAACGACUUCCCACAGCUAAAAUACGCGCUGUUAGGCGGUCUCGGCUUGCUCGCGCUCAUACAGCGCGAGUAAACGCGUGCUCUCCCUCUUGCUGUCGCCCUCGCACCGUCGAUGUAUUUGUGAUACUGGGUAAACUCAGAUUAAUUAUUAGCUAACGCCUCCGCUGGUGGACCGUUGUGGCGCCCGAUCGCUUGACAUGAGAAGAUUGAAGGUCUGACUGGGUGUGGCUCCUGCUGGGGUAACUUCCUCGU